CAGGCAUUUACAGUCACUCAGGCAUUUGCUCACUCAGUUUUCGAUACGAUCAGAGUCAAAAUUACUUGGACACUUUGCCUGGAUCUGCCUAUAAAUAGCGAUCCAGUCACAGAGUAGAGACAGUGAAGUCCACAAGUUGGUCCAACAUGUUCCUGAAUACUGCAGCGGUGGUGCCAAUCCUUUUGGCCCUCUGCCAUGGAUCCCUGGCCGAGAAAAUGAUGCGGCCCAAAUUCAACGAGAUGAAGAUCUGGAGCGACGAGAAGUACGUCAGCCACAAGGUGGCUUACGACGCAAGCGAUCCCCAUCUCAACUUUACCAUGGAGGUGCACCAGGAGCUGAAGGAUGUCGACAUCCACAUGGAGGUGCGCAUCAUCAACAAGGUGGACGCGCACUACACCACCACCCUGAACACCACCCUCAAUGUGUGCCGCAUUAUGGGCUUUGCGAACCAGUCCCCCGUCGGCCGCUUCAUCCACGGCUUCAUUCGUGAGUUCGGCAACAUUAUCGACAACUGUCCCAUUCCCAAGGGCGCGUACUUCAUCAACAAGUUCUGGUGGCCCGAGGAUCCAACCACCGCCAUUCUGCCGGAGCUCGAGUUCGACAUCGUCUGGCAGGCCCAUCUGCUGGACGCCGCCAAGAAGCGCACUCUGAUCAUGAACGAUCACUUCACUGGCGAGUUUAACGUCCAGGAUGUGAAUAACCUCAAGCCUGGCAUAUUCGCCAUGCUGCCCAAGAUCGCCUAAGAGCGUGCUCCCCAAUGGCCAUGGUCCGGGAUGACCCCUGCAUCCCCGGCAUCGGCCACACAGCAAACUCCGGUAGUAGUAGCGUCUUAUGUGUCUCAAUGGUGCGAGUAUUUGUGUAUUUAAUUGUCACUUUCAUGUAGUCCGCAGCGAAAGCAAAUAAAGUUGGUUGUUUACCCAAAGAGCAAGUCCCCUAAAAGU